GCCGCGCUUAGUGCAUGCGAGCGUCGCUGUCGCUGUCGCGUUGCACUUGAAAGGUGAGCAUGAGUUGCGUGCUUUGUUGUGAUUUCAUUCCAUUACCAUAUAGUCAACAAAAAUGGCCGAAGAAAACGUUUCAACUGAGUCAUCCGGGCUGUUCACGGGCCUCUUUUACGAAAUUAUACAAAGUCCUUUAAACCUUUUACUAAUCGGCUUAAUUGCCAUCCUGGUGUACAAAAUAAUUAAGAGUAGACAAAGCAUAAACAGACCAGUGCACGUAGAACCACAACUGCCAAAGCUAAGGAAAGACUUUACAGUCGAAGAACUCAAGAAGUUCGAUGGCAAUCAACCUGAUGGUAGAGUUUUAGUCGCUGUUAAUGGAAAUGUUUAUGAUGUUACUAAAGGGAAAAGAUUCUAUGGACCUGGGGGUCCAUACUCUGCAUUUGGUGGCAGAGACGCCUCCCGCGGUUUGGCUACAUUUUCGGUGACAAGUUCAGAUAAGGAGUAUGAUGACCUUAGUGAUUUAAAUUCUAUGGAAAUGGAGUCUGUACGAGAAUGGGAAAUGCAAUUCAAAGAAAAAUAUGAUCUUGUGGGUAGACUUUUAAGACCAGGUGAGGAACCGACAAACUACUCAGAUGAAGAAGAGGAAACUCCAACACCUUCGGGAGAAAAGACCAAGGAUGAAUAAUGUAUAUGUAUAUAUAUGUUAUUUGGUUUUAUAUAUUGGUUAAUUUAUAAUUAUUGUAUAAUAUAAUUAUAGAGCUUUUAGACAUUGUCAAGUUAUUACGUAAGUGUUAAUUUUUUUAUAUAAAAGUUUAUAUUUAAAUUAAGCUAUUUAAAAAGCAAUGUAUCUAAUAUAUUUGUUACAAUUUGCUGCAUUGAUAAAUUAAAUGAAUUGUAACAGAAAUCUAAC